AUGGAAAAGGCACUCAAGGCCAACGUGGAUGAAGUGGCUGUUUUUACCGCUGCCUCAGAAAAGUUCUCAAAGACGAAUAUCAACUGUACCAUUGACGAGAGCAUGAAAAAUAUUGAACAGGUAGACUACUGUUUAGCUGCUAGUUGUGGUUUUCUCUAUAAUGAUCCCAUCGAGGACUUUAGCCCCUCCAAUUUGGUUUACGUGUUGCAGCUGGCAAAGGAGCAUGACAUUCCAGUUCGCGGUUACGUGUCCUGUGUGAUUGGUUGUCCUUAUGAAGGAGCCGUGGCUCCGGAUGCAGUGGCUCGUGUAGCCGAAAUGUUGUGGAGUCGUGGUUGUUACGAAAUCUCUCUUGGCGAUACUAUUGGCGUGGGCACCCCAGAAAGUAUGGCCGCCUUGCUAUCUGUCGUCUUAGAUUGUCCCGGGGCUUGUCCACGUGAAGCUGUUGCAGUUCACUGUCAUGAUACUGGUGGAAAUGCAUUAAAAAACAUCAGAGUGGCUUUGGACGACUAUAAAGUCAAUAUUGUAGACUCGUCAAUUGCUGGUCUGGGUGGUUGUCCAUACGCCGGACCAAAUGCCCCGGGAAACGUUGCCACUGAGGCUGUGGUCGCGCAACUCGUCAACCUUGGUUAUUCACUGAGUCCUCAAAUCCGAACGGAAGACUUGAUUUCGGUGCGGACAAAUCGCAUGGCAACUGGAAGGCUGGCAGAUCCGGACGUCAGACGAACUUACAAGAAUCGUCUUCUAGAGUCUCUUCGAAGUGCUCCACCAUCAGAUGUGAACUCAUACUGGGACGAGAUUGCCACCUCUUUGCAUAGUGUUGGGAAUUUUUCCUGUGGCACGACCCAUCCAGGCGCACUCAAGCACUGGAUAUCAGACCGAACGGUGGCACUACUUAAAUCUCAAAGAAAUAUCCCAGCCGGUCCCGAACAUGACCCGAUGCGAAGAGCCAUCAGACGUCAGGUGAAA